AUGGCUUCACUUACAGGACGAAAUCUCCACAAAAAGAAAAGUGAUUUGAUCAACGGGAAAAGUUGGAAAAUCAAUGGAACUUGGGAGUCCGUGCAUCUUUAUAUUAAUAGCCCAUCUAUUCACGAGAACAAGGUAUGCCCCCCGCUCACUUUGUCACAGAUCCCUAAAUCACGUGACUUUAACUGCAGUAGCUCACAGCUGACUGGUGAUGGGCAGAACGAAGGCCAACUGGUUAGCAGACACAAAACGAUUGUGGCAGAAACAGUAGCGCAUAAAUACAUCAACAAAAACAGUAGGCGAGAACAACAAUACAGCGAAAUUAUCAACACCGCCUGCAAUGCAACGGAGUCUGACAUGCAUGCCCCCAAAAAUUGUGUUAAAACAGGAUCCCAAAAUGGACAUCGAAAUCGGCUGAAGGACAUGCAGACUGCCGUGAAAACGGAUACAUCAAUGACUAGAUUGAUCGCGACACGUCGCAAGGUGUUUCUUCGGAAGAUCCAUAGGCCAUUACCUGAUGGCUUGCGUCGAAAAUCAGGCGAGCGCUGUCAAACAAACGUGGUUAAGAUGGAGGAAGGCGCUCGCCUGAAUAAAAAAAAUUAG